UUGACUCAGAUUUACAGGUGCGCUGAGAGGAAUAACUCCUGAGCAGGUGUACACAGGUGGACGGAAGUAAAGACCAUGGACUCCGUGGUCCGCCUGGUUCUGGUGCUGGUCGCUAUGGUGGCUCCAGUGUUCAGCGACCAGCACUCCCUGUACUACAUUUACAGCGCCCUCAACAAAGACGUGUCUCUACCAGGAAUCUACGAGUUCACAGCUCUGGGGCUGCUGGAUGACCGAGAGAUCGACUACUACAACAGUAAGGAGCAGAAGAAGAUUCCUAAACAGAGCUGGAUGAUGGAGAAGAUGCAGGAAGAUUACUGGGACAAAGGAACCCUGUCUCGCAAGAGUAAAGAACAGUGGUUCAAGGUUAACGUGGAUAUUCUGAUGAAGAGGAUGAACCACAAUAACACGGAUCUUCAUGUUCUUCAGUGGAGACACGGCUGUGAGAUUGAGGAGUCUAAUGGACAGGUGAAGUUUCUGAGAGGGAUUGAUGAGUACAGCUACGAUGGAUCAGAGUUCCUCUCCUUCGAUGAUGAAAACAUGCGCUGGAUCGCUCCGGUUCAGGCGGCAGAAAUAACCAAGAGAAAAUGGGAUGGUGUGGCCAUCCUGAACCAGUACACCAAGGGCUACCUGGAGAAAGAGUGUGUGGACUGGCUCACCAAGUUCAUGGAGUACGGAAAAGAAUCACUGAGAAAACACUCAAAACCAGAAGUCUAUGCAUUUGAAAAGAAAUCUGUGACUGACCCAGGAAAGCUGACCCUGACCUGCCUGGCCACGGGAUUCUACCCCAAAGACGUGAAACUGUGCCUGAGGAAGUUCGGUACUUCAAUUCCUGAACAUCUGCUGACUUCUUCUGGAAUCAGACCCAAUGAUGAUGGAACCUACCAGCUGAGGAAGAGCGUGGAGAUCCAUGAGGAUGAUAAAGCCAAAUACGACUGUUAUGUGUCUCACAUCUCUCUCCCUGAACCAGUGAUUAAACCGUGGGUUCCAAGAAAUUCUCUCAGCGCUGAUAUGGGCAUUUAUAUUGGAGGUGGGAUCGCAGCUCUGGUCGGUCUGGGACUGAUUGUGGCUGCGGUCGUCCUUGUCGUAAAAAAGAAAAGAGAAAUCUGUGCAGUUUCUUGCACAGAAGUGGUUUCUAGAUGCUUGGCCAAAAUGAAAGGUUACAAUACCCCUACUGGAAAUGGGCAGGUUCAACACAAUGGUAACACGAACCCUACUGGAAAUGGGCAGGUUCAACACAAUGGUAACACGAACCCUACUGUGAAUGGGCAGGUUCAACACAAUGGAAACAAGAGCCCUGCUGUGAAUGGGAAGGUUCAACACAAUGGUAACACGAACCCUACUGGAAAUGGGCAGGUUCAACACAAUGGUAACACGAACCCUACUGUGAAUGGGCAGGUUCAACACAAUGGUAACACGAACCCUACUGGAAAUGGGCAGGUUCAACACAAUGGAAACAAGAGCCCUGCUGUGAAUGGGAAGGUUCAACACAUUGGAAAUGGGGAUCUUAAGGAGAAAGUGCAGCUUCAACAAAAUGGUUCAAACAAGAGCCCUGCUGUGAAUGGGAAGGUUGAACACAAUGGAAACAAGAGCCCUGCUGUGAAUGGGAAGGUUGAACACAUUGGAAACAAGAGCCCUGCUGUGAAUGGGAAGGUUGAACACAAUGGAAACAAGAGCCCUGCUGUGAAUGGGAAGGUUCAACACAUUGAUGAUAAAUCUCCACAGGGCAGCAAUUCAACACUUAAUUCAGUCUCAACUGAGAGUGAUAACAAGGACUCUGAGGAGGAAAUGCUGCUUCAAGAAAAUGAUGAUAAAUCUCCACAGGGCAGCAAUUCAACACUUAAUUCAGUCUCAACUGAGAGUGAUAACAAGGACUCUGAGAAGGAAAAGCUGCUUCAAGAAAAUGGAAACAAGAGCCCUGCUGUGAAUGGGAAGGUUCAACACAUUGAUGAUAAAUCUCCACAGGGCAGCAAUUCAACACUUAAUUCAGUCUCAACUGAGAGUGAUAACAAGGACUCUGAGAAGGAAAAGCUGCUUCAAGAAAAUGAUGCCGAACCUGGUGAAAAAGACUCUGGAAGAGGAAGUAAAACACCCCCCAGGAGCUCCAAUGAAAACUCUGACAACUCGUCUCAGUCUGGCUCCAGCAGUAACGGGUCACCACGCGGCAGUGCGGAGGAUGUGGGAGCGGAAAAUGAUCAGCAGCAGGAGGAGGAAGUGGCACUGCUGGAUGAUCAAGAUGAUUAAUCAACCCACCUACAGUCCAAUCAGUCGAAACAUGAUGUUUAAUUCAACCAGUCUAUCAUAUCUCUCUACCUGCUGGUGUUAACUCCUCCCAUUUAAACAAACAUCAGAUAAUACAGAACUCACCUGCUCAUCUCCUCACCUGAAUUUAACCUCUUCUCCUCAUUACUGACGCUCUUUAUUACCUCCCUCCAUCCUCCCUGUAUCGUAUACACUACUGCUCUUUACCAUAAUAUCCAAUACUUAACCAUAUUUACACACGUUUACAUCUCAGUUUUAAAAUCACUACUCUUUAAAAGUGUGUGUUUGUAUGAUCUUACUAUUAUACUGUGUUAUUAUCAUAUAAGUGGUACAAACUCCUCUUCAGGCUUUACCAGAGAGCUAGUUGGAUUUAUGGAAAAAAAAUGUGACUUUAUCUGUAAAUAGACUCUAAUUUUUUCCCAUAUGCAUUUUUUACUGUCCCUCGGACGGUGGGACAUGGGAGUCUUGCUAUGAACAUAUAAAAAUUGGAAUUAUUUCUAAUAAAAUAGUGGGUAAAUGUUUUGAAUAAAGUGGCUAAAAGUGGAAGCACAUACAAAUUAGGUUUUCUAAUUAAUUGGCCAUAGAGUGGAAGAACAGGGUAGGUAGGUGUUUCCAAUAAAGUGGCCAGAAAUUGGAAGGAUGUGGUAGGAAAGUGUUUCUAAUAAAGUGGCCAGAGAGUGGAAGCUCAAUUUAGGUUGGGUUUUCUACUACAGCAGUAGAAAAAGUGUUUCCAAUAAAGUGGCCAGAGAGUGGAAGCACAGGGUAAAGAGGGGUUUCUAAUAAAGUGGCCAGAUAAUGAAAGCGCAGGGUAGGCUGGUGUUUCUAAUAAAGUGGCCAGAUAAUGAAAGCACUGUGUAGUUUGGGUUUUCUAAUAGAGUAGUAAUUAAGUGUUUCUAAUAAAGUGGCCAGACAAUGAAAGCGCAGGGUAGGCUGGUGUUUCUAAUAAAGUGGCCAGAUAGUGGAAGCACAGGGUAGGUUGGGUUUUCUACUAAAGUAGUAGGUGUUUCUAAUAAAGUGGCCAUCUCUCAAACUAUUAAAAUCCACUGCUAUCUAAAACUGUAAAAUUUUUACUUUUAUAUUACCAUCAUACCAGUGACACUAAAUUUAUCUUAUAAUAGCAAUAAUAUAUUUAAUCACACUUAUUUCUGGGAUGAUAUAUCGUUCAUUAAAACAUGUGACAGACCUAAACUGUGAUGUUUUUCUCUCUCUAUUUUUUUUAAACAAAAAAAGGAUGGAUAUUGAAAGCAUGUUUUUAUCUGUGUGAAAAAUACUGACUUUCCUGUAAGAAUGUUUAAAAUGUUUUAAGCUCUUAUAACAAGUAAAUAAUAUGUUUACUAUUUUACUCAGAGCUUAUUUUAUACUUGUAUUGUGGUUGGUGAUGUUGUACAAUAUAAUUAUUAACAACUUUUACAACUUUUAUGCUGCGAAUUAAAGCUAAACAUAUGUAAACAGAGAUAAACACUUUAAGGUUUACUCUGGGUGUCAGAGAUUUAUAUUUUUUCCAUAAGAAGAGGGUAAAUGAAGCAAAUGUCAUUAUUUUUAUAUUUUAAUAAAGCACUAAACUAUCAAAAAAA